AUGCAAGUAAAUGAUAGUUUUGACGACGAGCUAGGAUUCCCAAAUGAUUUUGACGCGGCUUUUUCAUUUUUCUCAUCGGAUUUAGUUAAUUUAAGCGGUGCUGACGAUGAGAAUGAUGGCCAUGAACCGCCUAAUAUAGAACCUGCUGGCCCUGUAGACAGGAUUCCCAGUCGUCGUGGUUCGUCGGCAACUCUUGCAGGAAAUGACCAGAUAAAUUCAUCUCCAGGGAAAAAGAGGUCUAAACAAGCAUCCAAGCCUCUUUUAAAUGAACAGGAAUCAUCGGCAUUUGCCACCUUUCUAGAAAAUAUGCUUGAGGACCCCAAUUUUUUAUUUGACCCAAAAUUGAGUGCUGACCUUCCUCAGCCCCAGUUGAGUGAAUGGGACACCUUAGAACAAGAAAUGAACGCUGCUGCCGAUGCGGUGGAACGAAGUAUUGCUGGUAAAAGUGACCUCGAGUCGAGUCAAUCAAUGCCAACUGUGACGGCGGCAACUGGCCUUGGCCUGACUUUGCGCACUGCAAAUCGAAGUCAUCCAGCGGGGCUGGAUACUGAACCACGGCCAGCAACACAUUCUCACUCGCGCGGCAUAGGUCAGAAUUCUACAAAUGCUGAAUAUAAGUUACGGCUCCCUCUAAGAGCGUAUAAUCUUAGCUUUGGUGGAAGUCCAGACAAUUCUUCCGACUCUGGCCACGAUGGUGAUAGCCAAACAAAGUCUCUAUUAGUCCCACCUUUAACGGCCUCACCGUCAACAUCUGUUUCUUCGGUGUCUUUAGAUGUGUCUACAGCGAUCCUACCUUCGACGGCACCUCUAAUAUCUGUUCCUAAACCGGAUUCCACUAAUGGUUCUGCUUAUGGAUUGUCGUUGCGACCCCUUCAAGAACGGUCGCCGAAAGAUGUACGACCUGAUCGCAACCUCAUUAUUGAUAAUAGUCAACUAACACAUCAGAAGCUGCUUCAUCAUCGCCCAGCGUCUGAGUCCACGGCCACGCAGUAUUCACAGCUUAUCAAUCAACCACUAGCAGUUGAACAAAAUGAACAACAACAGCAACAGCAACAACAACAGCUAGUCAGGUUGACUGCAACCCCACAAUCUCAGGCCACGUAUUCUGUUUCGCGACAACAGUCAUAUUCAUACACAUAUCCUCAACCACAGCAGCAGCAGCUGCAGCAGCAUCAUCAUUCACAGUCACAGCCACAACCACAGCCACCUGUCUUAUAUACCCAAGGUACACAACAGUAUUCUCGAAUUUCCCAGCCACAAGGAGGCCAAUAUCAACAAUACUCUACACAGAAUCAAUCCCCUCUACUACCCGUACCACGACAAGUUUCUAACAUCUCUGAAUCCAAUCAACUAGUACCUAUACAACCCCGUCCUCACUUGGUUAAUAAUACGACGCGGGCUGUGCUUUUACAUGACCCCAUUCUUCAGCAGGAGCUGCAGUACCCCAGACAAGAGCUGGAUAUCAUUGCUCGUUCCCCUGCUGUUAUAGAAGGACCUGUUCCUAGACCUAUCUCACCGUUGGCUUUUGGUACGUCAGCUGAGGCUUUUGCUAGUGAUACGCCUCAUUCAGACAAUUCAUCACUUUCACCAUCACAGAGUGAAGACUCCAAACGAAAGAAAAGGCGGAGGCAACAACUCUCUGAAGAUCAGAAAAGACGUAAUCACAUGUCCAGUGAGCGCAAACGACGAGAUCUCAUCAAGCAGCAUUUCGAUCGUUUGUUCGAGCUAGUACCAUCGCUUUCUGAUCAAUCUCCUCUCAAAGCUGGUAGCAGUAAAUCCAUCGUUCUCAGCUCUGUUUAUGAUCAUAUGACUUAUCUUGUGAACCGAAACAAAAGUCUGCGUGCUCUACUUGCAGCUAAAGGUAUUAGUUGUGCUAGUAUAGUUGACUCUACCCGGGUUAUAUAG